UGAAUUGUAGCCGUUACACGCGACACCCUGUGUUGGCAUGCUAGGACCGAAAAGCUUAGCACCACACCGAAUCGCCCUGUGAUACAUAACAGUUUUUUCAAUCGACGGCAGCGGCGCCGACGACAGCAGCAGCGACAUGGGCAGCAUCUAAUAAGCUUUUAUUAUCCAGCGCAGUGAAAGCCCAAGCAGCGGAGGGCACGGGCGUCGCUGUCGCUGUCGUCGUCGUCGCCGUGGUGGUCGACGUUGGGCUUUUGUUAUUGUUUUCGGUGAUUGCGAGUAAUUGAAGUCAAUUUAUAGCAGACCGGUUAGCGCGAAUGCAGCCCAAAACCAACGAUGUUUAAAUCAGAACGAAAUUCAAGCGCGUGCCGCGCACUUGCAGAUACAACUACAACUACAAACACAAAUGAACCUUCCUCUGCCUGUAAUUCCUUGAGCAGAAUGUCACUAUGUCGUGCUUGCCUCGUGCUGCUUGGCAGCCAAGAUGUGUCCUACGAUUUGUGCCGUGAAAAAGAUUUAGCUGUCAAGUUCCUGGGUUGCAUGGGAAACCGAGCGAAAGGAUUCCCUCAGGCUCUGCUGGACAGCAGCUUGAGCUGCAACGUUGUGCUGCAGUGCAUCUGUGAGUGCUGUUAUCAGUUAGUGCAAAAAUUCCAUGAUUUCCAAUGCAUGUGCGAGGAAUCCCAGCGAAACUUUGACAAAAUUAUGCUACAAGUGAAUGCCAAGGAUGUGGAGGAAAUUCAGGAAAAUACUAUUGUUGAAACGCCGCUGGAGUCCCCUAAUGUGGAAGAAAUUGCCCAGCUUCAAUCAUCGCUGGUCAUCGAAGAAAUCGAAAAAGUCUAUAUCGUAGAAGAUGAAACCGCCAAGGGAACGUUGGGUAAGGAGCGGAUUCCCACUUCCCAACGAGCCCGUGGAGUACGCAACAAAACGGAAUGUCACAUCUGCGGACGUGGCUUCUACAAAAUGUCCUUGUACGAGGCACACAUGCAGAAGCAUCGCGGCGAACAGCCCUACAAGUGCACCUUUGAUGAAUGCGGAAAGACAUAUGCACGAGCCAAUUUGCUGACUGCUCAUCUCCGCGAGGUUCAUCAGAACAGCGCAAGGAUUUAUGCCUGCCUCGAACCCAAUUGUAACAAGGUUUACACGGCGGCACGCAGUCUCAACUAUCACAUACGGCGGGGUCAUCGCAAGGAGGAGUCGAGUGCUGCACACAUUUGUGACAAGUGUGGAAAGUCGUAUGGUCGACGAGCUCACCUUACACGUCAUCAAUGGGUGCACAAGAGCAAGGGCGAGCGAAAGUUUGAGUGUAGCUAUUGCACACAGCGUUUCUAUACGAAUCAGAAUAUGAAGGAUCAUCUACAGCGACGUCAUAGUCAUAAGCCAGCUUUGCGUUGUCGUCGUUGUGGACGCAUCUUUGAAUCUCGCGCUGCGCUGAGCAAUCACACUAUGAAGAAGCAUGCGAAACUGCGAAACAAAAUGAAAUGAAGCGGGAUAAAUUUAUGAUAAGAACAUUUUACUGAUCAAUUAUUUCGCUUUUAUUUAUAUUGUAUAUAGUAUGUGAUUUCAAUAACUCUGCUUUACUAACGAAACUUUGUUACAAUGUAAAAAGUACAAUCCAUUGAAAUACUAAAAAAAUUUUCUUAUAUUUUUGUUAUUUUCUUUUCGAAAGUCGGCUGAUUUUAAAGUAAAUACAUAUA